GUUAGUGAGUAUGAAGGGAGACUACUCUCAGACCUAACAAGGGAAGCUAUUCUGGCUGUAAUCUUCACGCUGCAACUUUUAAUCCUGUAAAACAAUGGAUUACUUAACAGAAAUGAAAGCUGAAAUAGAAAAGAGGAAACGGCAGCUUGAAGAUAAUGAUGUCAUGGUACCAGGCAAGAAAUAUUUCAAGCGAGGGGUCCUGUCAGCAAAAGAAAGAGAAGAAUACAUAAGAAAGCAUUACCAAGUUGAGUCUCCAAAUAAACCACAGGAAUCUCAAACAAUGGGGAAAGACCAACCAGAAAAAUCCAAACCACUUGAAGAGGAAAAAGUAUCACAGCUUCCAAGGAAGGAGGUGAUUCGAAAACUACGUGACAGAGGAGAGCCUAUCACACUGUUUGGAGAAACACACUAUGAAUCUUAUCUGCGUCUCAAACGUUUGGAAAGCUUAGUACCAGACUUCAAGAAUAUGGGGGUAGGUGACAAUGACUUCAAAGCUGCCAUGGAUGCAGUUGAUCAACAAUAUCUCAAUGACAUUAUAUCAUCUUCUGACAGACCGUCUGAAGCAACUAGUACUGAUGUGUCUGUGAAAGAUGAUGGUACCAGGGAGAAAGACAUUCAGACAAUGCGUGCAGAAAUUGGAACAGGAGAUGGGAACAAAGAUCAGGACAUCAUUCUCAGGUUCUUUAAGUUUUUAAUGAAAGAGUGGGGAGAAAGAUUGAAUUCUCGACCUUUGGAAGAGAAACGAACAACAAGAGGCAAGAUGGCAAGCGCAACACAUUCACAGACAGUGUCAUACCUAAAGCCUCUAUUUCGUCAGCUCAAACAGAAAAAAGUGGAGGAAGGUUUGCUUGAGAGUUUUGUGAUAAUUGUGCAAAAUAUGAUGGACAGGGACUACAUCAAGGCUAAUGAUGCAUAUUUGGAAAUGGCUAUCGGCAAUGCCCCAUGGCCCAUUGGUGUAACUAUGGUUGGCAUUCAUGCACGUACUGGCCGAGAAAAGAUCUCUUCACGAUAUGUUGCACACGUGUUGAAUGAUGAAACUCAGCGCAAAUAUAUCCAGGCUAUCAAGAGACUUAUCACCCAAUGCCAGAAGAUCUUCCCCACAGAUCCUUCACGAAGUUUUAACUAUCAGUGCCCAGUGUAAUUCUUAGGGUGUUGUGGAACAGACUGGAAGAAGAAAGUGACUUAUUUUUAUGUGUCCUGGCACCAGAAGACCAGAUGUUUUCAUCAGCAACUUACCAGAAUUCAGCAGAGAUUCGAAUCUUAUCCAUUUGUAAAAAAUUAUUAUAAAAUUAUAGUUGUAAAAUGUAAAAAGAGAAUGGUGAUUGCAUUUAAAGUCUGUUAUGCUUUAGUUUAUGCAUGUGUGUCCAGUGAAAUAUGUAAAAGGUAAAGAAGAAGUGUGUUUGCAGAUUUCCCUCUGUGUGUAUGUGUAGAUGUAUGUGUUUGCCUUUGUGAGAGUGAUUGUGCGAACACAAAUACUUUUUUAAUACAAGAAUAGCUAGUCUAUGAAUCUGUACAUGAAUGUAUUUUGUGCAUGCAAAGCAUAAGCAGUCUGGACUAAGAAAAAUAAAGUAAAAAAAUAUUGCAAGAUUUCUUUUUUGAGAGUAACUGUAAGAAAUAGCAUUUGAUAAAUUACAGGAAUGAUUCUUUCUUCUGCAGGAUCUCAUUGAA